CUUCCUUGUCAAAACCACAGCAGUCAACCACCAGAAAAUCGUGCAAAAUUUAUCGUCUUCCACUCAAAACAAACCAGAAGAGAAUCUACCAUGGCGCCCAAAGCCGAGAAGAAGCCUGCUGAGAAGAAGCCGGCCGAGGAGAAAAAGACUACCGUCGCUGAGAAAUCCCCUGCCGAGAAGAAGCCGAAGGCCGGUAAGAAGCUUCCCAAAGAAGGCGGCGCGGCCGGAGACAAGAAGAAGAAGAAGGCCAAGAAGAGCGUGGAGACCUACAAGAUCUACAUCUUCAAGGUCCUUAAGCAAGUCCAUCCUGAUAUCGGGAUCUCAAGCAAGGCUAUGGGGAUCAUGAACAGUUUCAUCAACGAUAUCUUCGAGAAGCUUGCUCAGGAGGCUUCUAGACUCGCGAGGUACAACAAGAAGCCAACGAUUACUUCCAGGGAAAUCCAGACCGCAGUUAGGCUUGUACUUCCCGGAGAGCUCGCCAAACACGCCGUCUCUGAAGGUACUAAGGCGGUUACCAAGUUUACUAGCUCUUGAAAUUUGACCUUAGGGUUUUUUUCUCUCUGUAAUUUGGCGGAAUUCGAUAAAUUUAGGAUUAGGGUUUUAUGGAAUCUUAAAUUGUUGUUGUUACCCUUGUGUUGGUUAAUGUGGUUUUGUUGUAAUUACAAGUUGCUAAUGGAAUUUGGAGUAAAUUUCUUCGCUUAAA